GGGACGAUGUAUCGCUGCCUCUCCCGCCAUCCCUCACAGAACGAACCGCUGUCUCGUGCAAUUUAACUCCAAUAGAAUUUUAUGGUGCCUGGCUAGUGGGCAUGACUCUGAAGUUCCGUUGUGGACCUUAAAAGGAUGAUUAUUUUUUUUUCAAAUUUCAACCUUAAAUUGAUAGAAGAACUCAGCUAUGUGAAACUGGAAACAAGUUGGAUUUUGUGAACUGUGUUGAUGCUUGUGAGUGUGUGUGUAUGUGUGUGUACCUCGCCGCUGUUGGAUUACCACACUUGCUGCUCCCUCGGAUGAGAGACCAGCUCACUGCCAGACACUCCCCUCACUGUUGACCACCACCCCCCGUUCCUUGGCGGCCACACCCGUCACCGCCUCCCCUACACGACCAGGACCAUCCGCCACCAUGGUGAAGUACGAGGAAGAGACAUACAGCUUCCGGUUAUCUCACCUGGAUGACCCCAUUUACUCAGACACCAGCACCAUCUCCUCCACGCAUAAACAACGCAUUGACUCCCUUUUCAGGGACAAGCGGAGGCAGGACAAGAUGAGGCCUGACCCCGUGCCUCUACGACCUGACCCUGUGCCCCCGCCAGUCAAUCCUGUGCAGGAGGAGCUAGAGCGUAUGUUCGGGGGCCGGGACCAGCGUCAGAGAGCCUUCCUGGACGUGCGGGCCACCGUACAAGCACAGAUUGAGAGGCUUUUCGCUGAUGCUUCUAGUGAACCCAUAGUUGGAACCCGCGCCGCCCCCCCUAAUACACCACCUGCCCCCCACGCCCCAGACCCCCCACCACCUCCGUCACCUCUCGCUCUCCUCUCCCCACCACCUCAGCCACCCCUCGCCCUACUCUCCCCACCCACACCGUCGCGGCACCAUCAGUCUCAAUCUCCCUCCCCGACCACCACCACCAGCCGCGGCAGUCGGCCCAGAAGUGGUGGAGUCAGUCCAACUGAGCCGCGCGAGGCGGCGACACCGCGAGCGUCGCUCUCCAGUAUGAAGUACCGUGUGGACUACCUGGGGGCGCUGCAGCUGGCCGAAAAAGCCACUAGCCUAGACGUGCUCCAGACACCUCUCAAGGAUCUUUAUUACAAGUACCGUCUGAGUGUGUCCCGGGGCAAACGGCAUGUGCCUGGUACGCUGCAGAUCACCGAGGCCGGACUCAGGAUAACACAUGGCAACGUGGAAUCUCCUGAUGGCCAUUUCGAGUUUACUAAUCCUUUCCCGACGAUCGCGGUGUGGGCAGCGGUGAAACUGGUCAUCCGCAAGGAGCUGGCAGAGCACGGCCAGGUGAACUAUACAUACGCCUUCCUGCCGCUCAUCUGCGACCCUGAAGCCCAGGACAAGUACAACCUCUACCACCCUCUCAACGUGCCCGAGCCUGCCGUCAUGGCCAUCCAGCACCCGCCCAUGUUCGCCUGCGUCAUGAGGAAGGUUGGCGUGCCAAAGGUGCUUGAAUGUCACGGCUUCGUCUGUCAGUCAUCUGAGGAUGCCAUUGUAAUGGCUGCCAACUUGUACCAAGCAUUGUUAGAGAACAUGCGGAGUGAGGCACCGAGCGAGGCCUCCAGCGACACCCGGGAGGAUGACAGACACGUAAUGAGUGAUAGUGAGAUGGUGCCUGUCAGACCACCCCGUAAGAAACGCUCACACCACUCCAAGUCUCCAGGUUUUGGCCAGGGACUUCGGCGAGCCAACAGCGAAGAUAUACUGCAGUCACACAUCAUCUUGGACGACUCCCGGGUCAGCAAGCGGCGUCUUAAACGUUCCAUUAGUGAGCGUCAUCCGGGCGCCUUCUUGCUAGACCCCGGCGACGUGUACACCAGAGUGGCGCUGCCUCGCUCCAAGUCUUUCAUGAAUGUUACCAAUAAGUACAAUUUCCAGGAUCUGCUGGACGAUGUCAAACAGAAGACGGGCUUAAACAGCGUGGACGAGGUACUAAAGCAAGUUAUCAACCCGCGUGGAAUGUCCUUCAGUGAGAUGGAUCCUGACCAACGGGAGAUCCUACUAAAACUGGCUUUGACACUGUCCAAGGACGAGAUCUACCAACGGUCCAAGAACAUUAUGAGGAAGCAGACGAGAGGCCGCAGUUCUUCCCUCAUGAGUCUCAUGGACUCGGACAGUGACGGCUCCACCAUCUCCUCUGUCCUAAAGGCUACUAAGCGCUCGUUCUCGAGGCUGGGCUCCCGCGCCUCCAGUCUACAGUCCAGUUACCUGAAGGAUAAGUCACCACUCAGAAAAUUGGUCAACAAUAAGAGUCGCUACACUUUUGAGAGGCCGGGACGAAGUGCUGGCGCACAGAGACGAACAGACAACAAGGAAAAUGAAUUUAGUCAUAUGCUGGAGGGCACCGGGAGGAAGGUGGCUCCCAAGACGCCUAUGCCUCGACGAAACCCAUCCCGAGCCAACGAGGGCUACGUUUCGUGCAGCGAGUGUGGCUAUGACAGUGAGUGUUCGAGCAAGUGCUACUGUUCCCUGCCCCGCCGAGCUGCCUCAACCAAACUUCACGACAAACACGCCCAUAAGGGCCACGACUCUCCCUGUGAUUGUGACACCGAAAGUUGUGCCGAGAGUGAGAAGUGCUACUGUUCCCUCAAGCGUGUCAAGAAGAAUGGUCUCAAGAUGUAUGAAAUCAACCUCGACUCUGAGACCGAUACCAACACAGAGACCACCGUUCAGAGCGCCGCCGCUUACAAGAAAGGUUUCGGGUCACAUUCCAACCUCAGCGAACUUGAAUCACAUCCAACCUCAUGGAAGCGCAACACUGGCGGGUCCUCCAGCAGUACCACACAGCAUAAGAGCUCCUCCUUGUACCUGACCGAACACAGCAAAAGCCGCUCCGCAGGCACAGUGUUUUCCAUGCACCCAGAGGUCAUGAGAAAGAAAAGUUUAUCUUCUAAUUUAUCGACGGAUUCUGAAAUCUCUGUCGUGCAUCGAUCAGACGGGUCUGGCUACCAUAGUCAGGAUAGUGGACGGCGCCGGCUGCCGCCCCACCAGAGAGCCGCGAGCACCGAGUCUCUCCUACUGUCUCCCAGGCUGCGGCGACACCCUUCAGGCUCCUUGGGCUCGGGUGGAUCCCAGGGCUCCCAGGCGUCGUCCCAGGGCAGCGGCAGCGGAGUGGGAACUCAUCGCUCCCAAAGCUCCAGGGGCUCGAGUACCUCCCACCAGAAGAUCCUGUUAGUGUCUGCGGUGGACCCGAGUGGCAAGGUUGUGUACCGAGGAGCGUCGCAGCGUCAGCAGCGUGAGGACAGCGACACCGCCUCCAUCCUCUCUAUGAAGAAAACAGCAGAGAUCGCUGCUCUCUUCUCUGAACUCAAACUUAAUCAGACUACCGACCUCAUCAACCACCUCAAUCAAUCAGCGUCGGAGUCUGAGGACGAUGCUUACUCCUCCAUGCAGCCCAACAACUCCUUCCUCUUCUCUGAGAACAUUGAGAACUCGUUGGGGUACCUACCAUAAGUGAGGCACCCUUGGGAGCGCAUGAGGCGCAUGACAGAUGGCACUCGUAACUCAUGACAGUGACGCUUGCCGCACUGGAACAGCUAGGACUCCCUGGCCGUUGAGGUGACCGCCCGCCGGUGUGUGGUACACGGUAACACGUCCCGUGAAAGUGAUAAUUACUUACAGUGCAAGUCUGGUAAUUAUGAUGAUGGUGCAGUGGAGUAUCAGUGACAGGGUACACACCUCUUAACCCGCUCAGCCGUCAGCAGCAGCAGUUAAGUGCUCAGUGCAUCGAGUGUUGUUUGUUAAGUCAGUGUUAGUGAGAGAGAAAGAGGCCGCAAGUCAUUUUAUUAUUGGGUCCUUGUUCAGGCCUCCUCUACACCGCCAUAAGCAUACCUGUUAACAAGUCUUCGCCGCAAAACAUAAACGAUAAAAUUUAAUUCUGUUCAGUGUAGAAAAAACAUUUAUUUUAUUCCUUGAUUCAACUUUUGUCAAAUAUAUAAUCAUUGUAAUAUUUACAUCAUGAGUUACCACAAUACUGAAGUCAUCCCCCAUAUACGUGCUCUUUCAUACACAUUGGUGACCUAUUAAGAGCUUCCAUCACUCAACCCUGCAUGACUGUCCCCCUCCCCCAACACGGUCAUGUCCACCACUGCUGCCAAUACGUCACCCACACCCCACAUUCCUUCCAUCAUCUGGUAACACAUUUAUUUGGUUUUAGAUUAUGAAGUUAGGAAUAUAAAAAAUGUCACUUUGUAUUUACAUUCUACCUCUGAACUACUAUAUCCAUGUGCUGGAGAUAUACCAACACUUAUUAUAGGCAGUUUUCUUUACAGUUACUUAAUACUUACCAUGGCAAUAACACGCACUGUUCAUUUUACUAAGUAUCUAUACAUAGUUUUUUUUUAUAGAGGGAGGAAAUUCCACUGAGAGUUCACUAUUCUUGGGUUACGUGAAAAUUACGCACAUCUACAUUUCACCUGAAGAUUAACCACCAUAAUGCUAACCUAACCUAUCGUAUACUAUCUAAAUAUAACCAAACCUAUCGUAUCCUAUCUUAAUCUAACCUAACCCCUUCUUGGUAGAAUUAAGGUGGUUAAUCCAAAUGUGAAAUAUUGUUGGAUGUCUAAUUUUCAGGUGAUUCCUAGUCUUAGAUCAUCUGACAGGUGUAUUCAGCCUACAGUAUACUGAAUUUAUUAUCUUUAAAAAUAAUAUAUCCCGUUAUUUUUGCCCUAACUAACUCAUCUACGUAAUUCUCUUCCUACUUAAUUAACAGAUUAAAUCCUCCUUUGUUGAUCCACCUGUAUUGAUCCUCUUAUGUUGAUCCUCUUAUGUUGAUCCUCUUAGGUUGAUCCUCUUAUAUGUCCGGCUACAAAGCCUUUAUUUCUACAUCACCAGUCGACUUGCUGAUCUUUACCGUGUGUUUAAAGUAUCCGAUACCCUGUUUGUCUUCACACCUGGUAUGUUUAUCUUUUCUCGUACACAUUCAGUGACAGUAAGUUUCCGUGGCAGUAAAUGUCUGAACUACAUCCCAGUCUUGCCUCCUGUAUACCUUAACGUGAGUGGUGUGUUGCCUGCCGCCGUGUGCUCAGCUGCCUCACUCCUAGACUCUGUUCACAUUCUUCUGCCCAAAUCGGUAAAUCCCACGUGCCUGCUUUUGUUCUCUUUACUAAUGAAUGACUUCGGUUCUCUCUUAACCAAAUUCGUUCGCAAGCUAAUUUUACACAGGUUUCCACUCCCGCACACCGAUUGACGGCGUCCCAAUUCUCAAAGUCGUUCAUGGAAAUUUACAGCUUGUUUGGCGUUGCAUAUUUUGGGGGGACAAUUUCCGUAAAAAUUAAAUGUGAAUUAGAUAUUUGUCGGUUUUCGUGAUGUAAUUAUAAUGAAUGUUGUUAGAAUUUAAGUAAACUUAACUCCACGUUCGUUGUCAUACGAAAUUCAAGGCCAUUGUUCUCGCUGUUCUUAAAGAGUGUUGACAGUGUUGUGUGUUCUUGACCUCGACAGUUAGUGAUGGCAAUCAUUGGGAACAGUCAGGGAAAGGUGUUUCUAUACGGCUAUACCCCUUGUGAUAUACCCACUCAAGAUGUGGCAGGGUCGCAGUAAUGGAGAUCAGUGGGGAUUUGACUACUGCCUCAUAAUCAUCCCUUGCAGUCGUAUAUGGAUAUGAAUUUAUCUUGGCUGGGGAUAUCACAAGGGGUAUAGAAACGCCUUUCCAUGACUGUACCUUGGCAGGGUAUGAGAACAACAUGCCUGUCUGAUGAGAUACAAAAACUAGCCUAUCAGGUGACACAAGCAACGUGUGUUGACCUCGAUGAAGCUCUAAUGGAGACACAGCAGACAUUAAGCUACGGUUGACCUUAACAGUUUUAGAAACAAGGAUAUGUUUAGUGUUGGAAUGGAUAGUUCUAGUGUUUACAAUGUAGCAUUGUUGUUCAAGAACUCUUAAGGCUGGAAAAUUUCUGUGCACCCCACGCGGAAGUGGCUGUAGCAUCUCAGGCUGAUUCGAAAUCUAACCGACCGGAGCAAAGUGACACGACCAGUCAUCACAACAGCUCAGUAGCUCAUUCAUUGGUGUGCAAAAAACUGUGCAUGGCAAAAGUACCGGAACAUCGAGAGACCCCCCACC